UGCACAAAAUUGCACUCCCGUGUGGAGGACCACAGAUGGCCCAUCAAUGGCGGUGCAGAUGAGAUUCAGAGACCCCACGUCUGACAGUGACUGCACAACUGUCCAGUCCUUGUAAGUUCGAGUUCGAGUUCGAGCUCAAGCUCUCGUAAGAGCGGAAACCCUUAUCCUCUUCACCCAUCGCCGGAGAAGGCAAUUGUCGCCAUGAAAAUAAUUCUUCCACAAAAUCACACUCUCUUCCCCGCAUUGCCUCUUAUCUCCUUCCCCUCCCCCACCCGCAGCCACCGCUCCGUCUCUCCCAGGCCCAGGCUUUCCGCCGCAAAUUUCAACGCCCUCCGCUCUCUCCACCGCCGUCGAAACCCUGAAUUUAAGGUUAUUCAAAGUUCAUUGAAAGGGGAGGGUGAUACGAUGAUUUUGGAAGCUGAGGAUGCUGAAUUACUGCUCGCUACCUGCAUUACGCGUGCCCUGCCACCGGCAUUGACGCUGGAGGUCGGUCUCCAUAAUAUUAAAGAUGCCAUAGAUGAAUUUGAGUCAAACCCUCCUCGUUCCUCCAGUGGGAUGUACAGAUUUCAGGUUGCUGUGCCACCUAGUUCAAAAGCUUUGAAUUGGUUCUGCUGCCAACCUGAAUCAUCUGGACUGUUUCCGCAGUUUUUUCUUUCCAAAGAGAAGGAUAACCAAGCAUUAAGGCCACUUUCUUUGGGUGGAUUGCGUGGGGUUUUUGGUAUUGGUGCUACAGUCCUCAUCAAGGGGUCUUCUUCUAGUGCCUUAGGAGAGUUGAGUUCACUCAAAAGAUGUCUCUCUGUAGAUUCAACAUUUGUAAAGGCUUAUGGUUUUGUGGAUGUGGAUGUUGAUAUAGAGUCAUCUUUCAUGAAGCACGUGAAGGGUUCAUUCUAUCUUUUCAUACCCAAGAUUGAGUUAAAUGAGUUUGAAGGCAUAUCUAUUUUAGCAGCAACAUUAGCUUGGAGUGACUCUUCCCAUUAUACAUAUGAGGAGGCCGUUCAAUCUAACAAGUUAGCACUAGACCAGGCAAGUCAUCAUUUUUGGCCCACCACACAGAGAUUUCAUAUCAAAUUCAUCAGAUCUUCUCUCAGAAAGUUCAAUGUCUUGGAGGAUGAAAACACCCGAAUGGUAUACAUGAAUGCUCUCUCUAUGGGUGGAAAGGAUCUUGUGAAUGAUGCUAUGGAACUGAAAGAGCUUCCAUCUACCUGUCAGUUCUCUGUCAGGUUUUCACCUACUCUGGCAAUUGCUAAUAAUAUGUGUCAGCUGGAUCUUCUCAGCAGAAUGUGCUGCCAUCUUCAAGACCAUCCUAACAUCAAUUCUCUGUGGGCAUCUCUUAUAAUUGAGGAAUGCUCUCGACUGGGUUUGACGUAUUUCUGCAUAGCUCCAGGAUCAAGAUCAUCUCCACUUGCUGUUGCCGCUUCCACUCACCCCCUUACAACAUGUAUUGCUUGCUUUGAUGAGCGCUCACUUGCAUUUCAUGCUAUUGGUUAUGCCAGAGGUUCUCAUAAACCAGCAGUAGUCAUAACAUCUUCAGGCACCGCAGUUUCAAAUCUUCUUCCUGCUGUUGUGGAGGCAAGUCAAGACUUUGUACCACUUCUAUUACUCACUGCUGAUCGUCCUCCAGAGCUCCAGGAUGUUGGAGCAAACCAAUCAAUCAAUCAGGUCAACCAUUUUGGUUCGUUUGUGAGGUUCUUCUAUGGUCUUCCAGCACCAACUGAUGAUAUUCCUGCACGGAUGGUACUUACCACACUUGAUUCUGCAGUUUAUUGGGCAACCAGUACACCUUCUGGUCCUGUUCAUGUCAACUGUCCUUUUAGGGAACCAUUGGAUAACAGUUCAAGACACUGGAUGUUAAGCUGUUUAAGUGGAUUAGAUUUUUGGAUGUCAAGUGCUCAACCUUUUACAAACUAUAUCCAAGUUCAUAAUUCUCAUGGAUGCGGUAAUACUACCAGUGAAAUGGCAGAGGUUCUGGAAGUGAUUCAAGGGGCAAACCAAGGGCUUCUACUUAUUGGUGCAACUCAUAGAGAGGAUGAUAUAUGGGCGGCUCUUCUCCUGGCUAAGCACCUUUCUUGGCCAGUUGUUGCCGACAUUUUGUCAGGUUUGCGGUUGAGAAAGUAUUUGACUUAUUUUGAUAUUGAGGAGGACUUCUUAUUCAUUGAUCAUCUGGAUCAUUCUCUACUCUCAAAUUCAGUUAGAUGUUGGACACAUGCUGAUGUGAUUGUUCAGAUUGGAAGCAGGAUAACUAGCAAGCGAAUUUCUCAAAUGCUAGAGGAUUGCUUCCCAUGCUCACACAUAUUAGUGGAGAACCAUCCUAAUCGUCAUGAUCCAUCACAUAUUAUAACACAUAGGAUUCACAGUACCAUUAUUAAAUUUGCUGACUGCCUGCUUAAAGGUUGCAUACCACAGAACAACAACAAAUGGUGUGGUUUUCUACAAGCUGUGGAUAGAAUGGUUGCAUGGGAGAUAUCGUUUCUCAUUCAUUCUGAAUACUCCUUGACUGAACCAUAUGUUGCACAUAUGAUUCCGGAAGUCCUCCAGUGCGAGUCUGCUAUAUUUGUUGGGAACAGCAUGCCUAUACGUGAUGCAGACAUGUAUGGACGUAACUGGACACAGUGCAAUAAUAAAAUUUCUGGGAUUUCAAGCUUAAAAUUACCACAUCACUGGAUACAGGUGACCGGGAACAGGGGAGCCAGUGGUAUUGAUGGUUUGCUUAGCACAGCUGUUGGUUUUGCUGUUGGAUGCAACAAAAGAGUGUUUUGUGUGAUCGGAGAUGUCUCUUUUCUGCAUGAUACAAAUGGAUUGGCUCUUUUAACUCAAAGGAUAUACCGGAAGCCAAUGACAAUUAUUGUAAUCAACAAUCAUGGUGGGGCAAUCUUCAGUCUCCUUCCUAUUGCAGAUAAAACUGACCAAAGAGUAUUGGACCAGUAUUUCUACACUUCUCAUGAUGUUUUGAUUGAGAACCUGUGUCUGGCACAUGGUGUGAAGCAUGUGCAAGUGAGGACAAGAAUGGAAUUGCAAGAUGCCUUGUCAACAUCUCAACAGGAGGAGGUUGAUUGGAUUGUUGAGGUUGAGAGCUCAAUUGAUGUCAAUGCAACUUUCCAUAGUAAGUUGAAAUGUUUUGCAUGUCAAGCAGCAGAAAAUGCCUUCCGCAUCGUUUCUUCAAGGCUUUCAAUUUCAGAUUAUAACCUAGAUGGCAUCUUUCUAGGUGAAAUUUGUAAAAUGGAGUCCUCUUUCUAUAGAAUUCAGCUUUAUGCGCCACCUACUUCAGCUUCUGUGUAUGGUGAUUCUACAAACUGCUACAGAGAAGGUUAUAUCAUAGCUUUGUUUCUUGAAGAUGGAAGUGUAGGGUUUGGCGAGGUUGCACCUCUUGAAAUUGACAAGGAAAGCCUGAUUGGUGUUGAAGAGCAAAUUCGAUUUCUUAUUCAUCUCAUACGACAGACAAAGAUUAGUCACUUACUUCCUCUGCUAAAAGGCUCCUUUUCUUCAUGGCUAUGGAAUAGUUUAGGAAUCUUGCCAGGCUCUAUCUUUCCAAGUGUAAGAUGUGGUUUAGAAAUGGCCAUUCUCAAUGCCAUAGCUGCAAAGGAAGAUUCCAGUUUCUUGAACAUACUCCGACAUGAGACAGCUAGAGAAGAAUCAUCUGAAAGGUCCUCUUCUGUUCAGAUUAGUGCUCUAGUUGACUCAAUUGGUACCCCAACGGACGUUGCUGAAAUAGCUGCUACACUUGUUGGAGAAGGGUUUGACACACUAAAGCUUAAAGUGGGGCGUAGGUCAGAUCCCAUGGAAGAUGCCAUAGUUUUACAAGAAGUUAGGAGAAAAAUCGGUCCUCAUAUUAACAUUCGUGUUGAUGCAAAUCGGAAGUGGACCUACAAGAAAGCAGUUCAAUUUGCUUCUGCUGUGAUGAACUGCAAACUGCAGUACAUUGAGGAACCUGUUUGUGAUGAAGAUGACAUGAUCAAGUUCUGUGAAGAAACUGGAUUGCAUAUCGCACUGGAUGAAACUCUUGUAGAUAGCUUGGAAAAUCCUCUUGAGAUGCUAUCAAAGUUUACACACUCUGGAGUAGUUGCUGUUGUUAUUAAACCAAGUGUUAUUGGGGGUUUCGAAAAUGCAGCUCUAAUUGCAAGAUGGGCUCAGCAGCAUGGAAAGAUGGCUGUUAUUAGUGCUACAUAUGAGAGUAGCCUAGGUUUGUCAGCUUAUGUCCAGUUCUCACAUUAUCUUGAGGUGCAAAAUACAGAUAUAUGCACCGCAAUGAAUAUGGACACUUCCCCUUCUGUUGCACAUGGUCUUGGAACUUACCGGUGGCUUAAGGAAGAUGCUGCUGCUGAACCUCUUAAGUUUAAGCAGAAUCCACACACUGACUUUAUAGAAGCAUCUGUUCAUGAUGCCGGCUGUUUCUUACGGAAGUUUCAAAUUAACCAAAAGGUCAUCCUUCAAAAUUUUACUGGGGAACAAAUUAAUGUAUACCAGUUAAAAAUUGACUCGGAGGGUUCCUCAUUUGUCAUCAAUGUACAAGAGAUUGGACCAAGCAAUGAAAGAAAUGUGCUUGUGUUCCUUCAUGGGUUCCUUGGAACUGGUGAAGACUGGAUGCCUAUCAUGAAGGCCAUUUCAGGAUCUGCAAGAUGCAUAGCUAUUGACCUCCCUGCCCAUGGGGGAUCAAAGAUGCAAUAUCCAGGCAUUAGAGAAUCAGCACAAGAACCAGGUUUGUCAAUUGAGGUAGUUGUGGAUAUAUUAGAGAAGUUGAUUCAUCAUAUUAAUCCUGGAAAAGUUUCCCUUGUUGGAUACUCAAUGGGAGCAAGAAUCGCAUUGCACAUGGCCCUGAGAUGCUCUGCUAAGGUUGCAGGAGCUGUCAUAGUAUCUGGAAGCCCUGGAUUGAAAGAUGUAUCAGCAAGAAAGAUUUCCAGGGCUAAAUCCGAUUCCAGAGCAUCCUUCCUGGUUUCUGGUGGCUUGGAACACUUUCUGGAUGCCUGGUAUGAUGGGGCACUUUGGAAUAGCUUAAGAGAUCAUCCACAUUUCAAGCAGAUAGUUGCUCGCCGUUUGCAGCAUGAUGACAUAAACGGCCUCGCAAGAGUUCUUUCUGAUUUAAGUGCUGGAAGGCAGCUCCCGUUGUGGGAAGACUUGAGACACUGCAAAGUACCUCUUAUGCUCGUCGUUGGUGAGAAAGAUGCCAAAUACAGGAGGAUCGCUCAAAAAAUGCUCCAAGAAAUUAAUCAUGGUUCAAGGAGUGUCAAUGAUACACAAGUGAUUUGUGAAGUAGUCGAGAUUCCAAAUUGUGGGCAUGCUGUUCAUCUGGAGAACCCCCUUCCUGUUAUUCACGCAGUAAGACGGUUUGUGAACAAGUUGAAAGCGCCUGAUUCUGAUCGAAGAGAAUUUCCAGACCCGUCCAAGAUUCUGAUCGAAGACAGUUUGUGAACAAGUCGAGAGUUUCAUUCUGAUUGAUUCAAAAAGACUCUUGAGCAUUACAGAUGACUGAUGCUUGACGACACGCAGGACAUUCAACUGUGCCGGUUUCAUUUUCAUUAAUUGGUCAGAAGACCUUGGCCGAGUUUGUCAACAAAGUUUUGUUUUGUCCUGUCAACAUUGAAGCCAGAAACCUGGAUGUAAGCUAUUGAUGAAUGUGUUGUUUUGCCACUUAAGAGAGACUUCAUGGAACAAUAGGUUUUAUUUAGCCAUUCUAGGUUAGAUUCAACUCCAACACACAGAUCAUUUGAAGGUGUAAAUUUUCUUUGUAUGAUUAUUAUAUACUGUAAGCAGUGCAACUUCAGUUCUUCUGAAAUGCCAAUGUUGUAGUUUCACUGAAAGUGAAAUCCUAACCUUGUUUCAAUGAAACUGAAAUUCUUGCUGAAAUAUG